AUGGCUCUUUAUGAGGCGUUGUAUGAGAGGCUAUAUAGAUCUCUGAUUUGUUGGGUGGAGUCGGAGGAUAGCUUACUGCUUGGACUAGAUCUUGUGAGAGAAACCACAGAGAAGGUAGCGAUAAUUCGGGAGUAUAUUCUUGCAGCCCAGAGUCGACAGAAGAGCUACGCAGAUCAGAGGCAACGACCCUUAGAAUUUCAAGUUGGAGACUACAUCUUAUUGAAUGUAUCUCCUAUGAAGGGAGUCAAACAGUUCGACAGACUGGGAAAGUUUUCCCUAAGAUAUAUUGGUAUGUUUAGGAUUAUUGAUCAUGUCGGAGCCAUCUCGUAUCGACUAGAUCUUCCAGCAUCGAUGUCGGGUGUACACGGUGUCUUUCAUGUCUCGAUGCUUAAGAAACACUUACGCGACGAGGAGCAGCAUAGAGUGGUUGAUGUGUUAGACUUAGAACUUCAGAUGGAUUUGACUAGAGUUGAGAUACCAGUUCACAUUCUUGCUAGAGAGGACAAGAAACUUAGGAAUAAAGUGAUCCCAUUAGUUAAAGUGCAGUGGAACAGGAAAGGAGCUCAAGAAGCUACUUGGUAG